ACCUCAAAUAACUACCAUCAAACAAACAAACAAACAAACAAACAAACAAACAAUCCAUCUACUACCAACUUUAAAUCGACCACCAUCCGGUUUAUAUCUUCACAGUACCAACCCAUCUCUGAACCCAUCACCGUCCAUCAUCCAUCACCAAACUUACACAAUUACAUCUUCACUUUGGAAUUAUUCGUCUUAACAACCAAAAUCAAUCAAUCAAUCAUUCAUUCAACUUACACCUGUCACCACCAGUUGGACAUAACUACAAUCACACAUUGUCCAAUCACC